AAGCUCAGAUAGGAAUGUUCCAUUCAAGGUUGAGUUUAGUAUUCAUUAAUGCUUAACUGGGACAAUUUAGUUCUUCCACAUGGCCUUCCCAGUGAUUCCGGACUCCUUAAGCUGAGGAUACACACACACACACACACACACACACACACACACACACACACACACACACACACACACACACACACACACACACACACACCUUGGGACAAAUCUGUGUCUGAGCCCUACAUCCCAACCUGUCAUUAAUGGAUCACUCUUUUAUUGCAUCACAAUUCCCAGGGAUUUUCUCAGGCCAAAGGAAUCUGUCAGUGCAGUUGAACCAGUCCUGAUGCCAGGAUUUACACACACCCACAGUAGCAGUAUUUGAAGUGCUGAGAGAUUUUCUUACAACAUACCCUCAUUUCUGCACUUCAUAUGCUUUGCUUCCACUUCGCCUGCAUUCCCUGCAGCCUAAUAAGGUCUGGAUCCAAGGAGAGAGGGAGGGCACAGAGGGCGAGGGGAGAUGGUGGGAAAAGAAAUGCCCCAACAUAACAUGGAGAGCACCAGGAGCCCGUGGCAGCGGGGGCCGCGGCCGCCGUGGAUCACCAGAGUGGCUGAGGGCCACAGCCCCGCCUCCUCGGGGGCGGAGUCAGACACAGAGAGCAGCAGCACGGAGAGUGAGAGGUCUUGCGUCAAAAAACUGGAGCUGGGCUCACUGAGGGUUCUUCCGUCGUCCUCAUUGCUCCGACAGCGAAUCACAGAGAUCGACCAACAGAAGGAGGAACUAAAGAUUGAACUGCAGCUGGAGAUCGCUCUGCUGCAGGGAGAGCUGCAGACGGAGAACUCUCAGCUGCACAGACACACACAGAAGCUGCAGGCUCUACAGCAGGAGGUCCGACGAAAGGGGAAGCACCGAAAAACCGACAGACAAAAGGAGCGAGAGAGUCUGGAGGAGGAAAGACGGAGGGUGAAAGAGCUGAAGGGGAUGUUUGAGGAGAAGGAGAAACUGAUCCCCAGUCAGCCAGAGAGCCAGAGAGAACUGCUCACACUGCAGCUGAAGCAGGAGAGAGAGGCGAUGGAAGCGGCGGUCCGGGCGUUUGAGGACUGGGAGUUUAGUGUUCUGGAGAAGGAGAGCGGACUUGAUGAGGAUGAUGCGAGCACGGUUGAUGAAGAUGGGGAGGAAGAGAGUGAAGGGGAGAUGGAUAAGGAAAUCCUACGUCAGCAGCAUGCGAUCAACAGUGGACAGGAGCGAGUGCAGCAGUUACAGAGACAGCUGAAGGAGAUGGAGAGGGAGAAGGAGAGGGACAUGAACGCCUUGAGGAAAGAGAGGAGAGACCUCGUCCACACAAAUCAAACGGUUCUCAAAGAGAAGAAGCCUCCCACCGAUUGGUCGGACAUCACCGGCUCAGUCCCCUGCAUGAUGUCACUUUCCCCUCUGGUGAUUCACAAACCUCCUCAGGAACAAAGCAAAGAGUCUGCCAGUUUGCCUAGAAGACGGAGCUCGCAUCGCAACAACAACAGACUCAACGACAGACCGCAGUCCGUACAGGGGUUGGUGAGGAUGCUUCCAGACAGCCAGUCCCCGGGGGCUUUUACAUCCCCCAUCCCCUCCCAUAGGCUCAGCAACGGGCACAGCAGCGGGCACAGACCUGGGAGCAGCAGUGGGCACAGCAGCGGGCACAGCAGCGGGCACAGCAGCGGGCACAGCAGCGGGCACAGCAGCGGGCACAGCAGUGGGCACAGACCUGGGAGCAGCAACGGAGGCGGGUUCCUCACACCGUGCAACAGCACAACGAGCUCCCGCGCUGCCAG